CAAGAUAAGAGGAUAUGAAUGCACUGCUUUGCUGGAUGAUCCUGCCUGUGUAAAUGGCUGGUGGCAGCUAAUCAUUGGCAUUGAAUCAUCAUUUCUCGCGCUCUAUGCAUUUGUCUUGCUGCCUGAAGAAGACAAGGGCCCCUCAGACUGAUUCUCCUCAUUCUUGCCGUUGCAGUUGUGCUCAGCACACGGGCUGUCUGCUGCCUCAGUCCAGUGCCGUGACGGUUGAGCCCCCAUCGCCUGUUGUGAUGAAUACGGUGCCCCGGCACAAGGUCUCCACAGUCUACCAGCAUACGGCCUCCAGAAAGCGAUCCAAAAACUUUAAAAAGCGCUACCCUUGUAGCACUGAAGGGAUCUGACGGCAGCGGGAGCAUGGCCACCGACACCUGCGGGGAGCCUGACCCCGAGCCCGCCAGCGAGGACAACCGUGGCUCCGAGCCGCCAGAACCGCUCGCUGCGGCCGGAAGCCAGACCGGCGAGGGGGAGCCCCUGGCAAAGGUCGCCAGGCUGGGAUGCGGCGACGCACCCCCGUCUCCGGCUGGGGAAGGCAAUCCCACUCUGACCCCUGAGUCCGGGGAGCCUCCGGGUGCCCCGUCCCCCUCCGACCUCCCAGCAGCCUCUGACCCCGAGGCGGUGCUGACCUCCGAGCCGGGCGAUCCCUCGGGAGACGGAGGCGCACAGAUGUCUGUGACGGAGGAAGGGGCGGACGGGGUCCAGGAUCUUCCCGACUUUCCGGAGUCCCAGUGGGUGGAUGGAAGUGGCAAGUGUGAAGGAGAGACGAUGCCUGCAGGUGAUGCAGAACAGUGCAUGGAGGGGAGCGUUUACUACCAGGUUGAGUACGACUUCAGCCAAGAGCCCCAGUUCCUGGUGGGUGCCUGGGAGGAGUACACUGGCAUGGCAGAAAACUUCCUGAAAGGAUGUAAGUGGGCCCCUGAUGGUUCUUGUAUUCUGACCAACAGUGCUGACAACAUGCUGAGAAUCUUUAACCUCCCCUCUGAGCUAUACGAAAUGAGGUGGAGCGUUCUGCCAGAAAUGAGUCCUGUACUGCGGAUGUCCGAGGGGGAUACUAUAUACGACUAUUGCUGGUACCCACUUAUGUCCUCCAUGGCUCCCGAAACUUGCUUCCUGGCCAGCAGUAGCCGCGACAAUCCCAUUCACAUCUGGGACGCCUUCUACGGAGACCUGCGGGCAACCUUCAGGCCCUACAACCACUUGGACGAGCUGACGUCUGCUCACUCCCUCUGCUUCACACCCGACGGGUCCCAGCUCUACUGCGGCUUCGACAAGAUGGUGAGGGUGUUCGAGACCUCUCGCCCGGGCCGGGAGUGUGAGAAGAGGCCAACGAUGGCAAAGAAGCAGGGCCAAACCGGGAUCAUCUCGUGCAUCGCCUUCAGCCCCGAGCAGGAUCUGUAUGCCUGUGCCUCCUACUCAAAGACAGUGGGACUGUACACCCGGGACGAGGGGACUGUGCUGAGCAUCCUGCAGGGUCACCAGGGAGGGGUGACGCACGUGGUGUUUUCACCCGAUGGGAACCUGCUGUACAGCGGGGGUCGGAAGGAUCCAGAAGUCCUGUGCUGGGAUCUUCGACAGCCCGGGAAGGUGUUGUUCUCCAUGUUACGCUCAGCAACCACCAAUCAGCGAAUGUAUUUUGACCUGGAGCUUUCCGGCCGCUAUGUCAUCAGUGGGAACACGGAGGGAACGGUUUCGGUGUGGGACACCACCCUGCCGCCAGACGGAGGACCCGACUCCCUGCUGGAGCCGCUCCUGCAGUUCCACACUCAGCAGGACUGUGUGAACGGGGUUAGCCUGCACCCUUACCUGCCUGUGUUGGCCACGACCUCAGGCCAGCGCAAGUUCCCGGAGCCGGCGGAGAGCGAGGAUGAGGGCACCGGCAUCCUGAUGACCCACCGCAACACCCGGGCCGAGAACUCGGUGAAGCUGUGGCUGUGUUCGGCCACAGCAGGGAGCCGCCUGCACCCCGACAGCUCCGUGUUGGAGAUGCACUGACCUGCCCUGAUGGGCGGCAGUGUGGGCAGACCCAGCCUCGUCCUGUGUUGUACCAUUCUCUGAGAUCAGCUCCGUCAGUCAGCUGCCUUCUGGAUCCCAGCCACUCUGGAAACCAUCAGUUACUUUAUAUUUCCAAACCAUCUGAAUUCUUCCUACUUUGUUCCCCACCGGAAACCUAGUUCAUGUUUUCUUACACGAUCUGGAUCCCUCGGAGACUUCCUUCAUCUUGUAUUUGUACUUUAGCACACUGGAUCGAUCCGGCCCCAUUCCCCUGCUGAUUCUCCCUGUAACCCAUCCUCCCCACACUGCCAUCAACUCCCCCUCAACUCUCCCCCCCAAUCACGCCCGUCAACUCUCCCCCCCAUCCUACCCCUAACUCUCCCCCCCAUCCUACCCCUAACUCUCCCCCCCCAUCCUACCCCUAACUCUCCCCCCCCAUCCUACCCCUAACUCUCCCCCCCAUCCUACCCCUAACUCUCCCCCCCAUCCUACCCCUAACUCUCCCCCCCAUCCUACCCCUAACUCUCCCCCCCAUCCUACCCCAACU